AUGUCCAACCUCGCCGCUGAGCCCGAGUUUGAGCAGGCCGUUCACGAGAUCUCGUCCACCAUUGAGCCCUUCCUCGCCGCCCACCCCGAGUACCGCAAGGCCUUUGAGGUCGUCCAGAUCCCCGAGCGUAUCAUCCAGUUCCGCGUCACCUGGGAGCGCGAUGACGGCUCAGUCGCCGUGAACCGCGCCUUCCGCGUUCAGUUCAACUCGGCCCUCGGCCCCUACAAGGGCGGUCUCCGUCUUCACCCCACCGUCAACCUCUCGGUCCUCAAGUUCCUCGGCUUUGAGCAGAUCUUCAAGAACGCCCUCACUGGUCUCUCGAUGGGUGGUGGCAAGGGUGGCUCCGACUUUGACCCCAAGGGCAAGUCGGACAACGAGAUUCGCCGCUUCUGCUACGCCUUUAUGCUUGAGCUCUCGCGCCACAUUGGCGCCGACACCGACAUUCCCGCCGGUGACAUUGGUACCGGUGGUCGCGAGAUUGGCUUCAUGUUCGGCGCCUACAAGAAGUACCAGAACGAGUUUGCCGGUAUCCUCACCGGUAAGGGUGACGACUGGGGAGGUUCGUUCAUCCGCCCCGAGGCCACUGGUUACGGUCUCGUCUACUAUGUGACUGAGAUGCUUCGCGACCUCGACAACACCGACUGGGUCGGCAAGCGCGUCCUUAUCUCUGGCUCGGGCAACGUUGCCCAGUUCGCCGCCCUCAAGGUUAUCGAGCUCGGUGGCCACGUCCUGUCGUUCUCGGACUCGACCGGUGCGCUCAUUGCCACUGACGGUGUUGGCUUCACCCCUGCCGACAUUGCUGCCAUUGCCGACGUCAAGCUCCGCCGCCAGGCUCUCACCGCCUUCCAGCACGACGGCCGCUUUGAGUGGCACGAGGGCCAGCGCCCCUGGACCCUCUUCGAGUCUGCCGACGUCGCCCUCCCCUCUGCCACCCAGAACGAGGUUUCCGAGGACGAGGCCAAGGCUCUCGUUGCCGCUGGUGUCCGCUACGUCGCUGAGGGUUCCAACAUGGGCUGCACCCAGGAGGCCAUUGACGUCUUUGAGGCUACCCGCAAGCAGUGCACCUCGGAGGGCGAGACUGCCGGCGUCACCUGGUACGCUCCCGGCAAGGCCGCCAACUGCGGUGGUGUGGCCGUUUCGGGUCUCGAGAUGGGCCAGAACUCGCAGCGUCUCAAGUGGUCGCACCAGGAGGUCGACGCCAAGCUCAAGGACAUUAUGAUUACCUGCUACACCAACUGCCGCGAGACCGGCAAGACCUACGUCAGGGACUCGGCCAUCCCCUCGCUCGUCUCGGGCGCCAACAUUGCCGGCUUUGUCAAGGUUGCCAAGGCCAUGCUUGACCAGGGUGACUGGUGGAUCUCGGGCAAGUAA